AUGAAUGACGAUGAACCAGAAUAUUAUUCACUUUUUCAAGGGAAUAUAAGCUCUAGUUCAGAAAGUGAAAGUGAAGUUGAUUUGUCUGGCAGAGGAACUAAAAAUGAGCAACCCACGAAUAUUUAUUCACAAAAUUAUUCAUUAAGAAUGGAAAUCGAUAAUAGUAAUACAGACGAAAUGGAAUUUCAGGCUGUGCAACAACUGGAAUUUAGUAAAUUAGAUCCACUUUUUGAAAACGAGAAUCUGGGAAUGAUACAACAUUUUGACGAAGAUGACGAUGAGAACGACAUUGAUCUAAGUAGAAAUAUCGAUGAAAAAUGUAAUCAAUGUGGACAAAACGUUAAUUUUAAUAAAUGGUGCAGAGAAUGUAAUGAAAUUCAUUUUCGCGAAUUAUUUGAUUCUUGGAGCACAGAAAAUCGUGAAUUGGAUUUAUUGAUUCAACAAGCACAAUUGAAUUCAACACGAAGUAUUGAAGUGAUUGAAUUUAUAUCAUUCGAGCAAUUUAAAGAUAUUGAAUUAAUUGAAGAAGGCGAAAAAUUUGAUUUGUAUACUGCUGUUUGGAAAGAUGGGCCAAUUGAAGGUUGGAAUGCAUUGGAAAAUAGAUGGAAUAGACGACCGAGUCUUCGAAUUACUUUGAAACAAUUUAAACACGCUGAAGAGAAAUUCGAAAUAGCCUAUGAUGAGUUGCAUUCAUAUUACGAAACAACGCAUGCAAUUGGAAUGUCAGGUCCGGAUUCAGUAAUUCGUUGUUUCGGAGUCUCGCGACAUCCAUCAACCAACGAUCAUAUCAUCAUUUAUGAAUAUGCACAACAAUGGACGGUACACGAAUACAUUGGUCAAAAUUUCUCGACAAUUAGUUGGCAUCAAAAAUUAUUUUUGUUAAAUCAUAUUGCACGAGAUAUAGCAAAUAUACAUCAACUUUCUUAUGUUUAUGCAUUGAUUUUUGGUAAAGGCGAGACAAAAUCUUCAUUUGAAGAAAUUAGUGCUCAAGGAAUCUCUGCGAAAAUUGCAAUAAUGUCGUUAAAAUCGGACAAUCAAAUAUUAAAUAAAGCUCUAGCUCAAAUCGUCAAAGAAGAGCCUAAAAUAGAAAAUGAAGCUGACAACUUGGAGUCAGAAC